ACUGUCCCCUCCCGGACACUUCUACUAGCCGUCGCAGCGGGACCGCCAGGUCCACGCCCGGCGCGGGACUUAACUCGACAGAGAAGCCGGACAUUUUUGCAGUUAGAUCAUGGCAACCAUAGAAGAAAUUGCACAUCAAAUUAUUGAACAACAGAUGGGAGAGGUUGUUACAGAGCAGCAAACUGGCCAGAAAAUCCAGAUUGUGACAGCCCUUGAGCAUAACACACAAGGAAAGCAGUUCAUUCUGACAAAUCAUGAUGGCUCGACUCCAAGCAAAGUCAUUCUGGCCAGGCAAGAUUCCACGCCAGGGAAAGUUUUUCUCACAACUCCGGAUGCAGCAGGUGUCAACCAGUUAUUUUUCACAACUCCUGAUCUGUCUGCACAACAGCUCCAGCUCUUAACAGAUAAUUCUUCAGACCAAGGACCAAAUAAGAUUUUUGAUCUUUGCGUAGUAUGUGGAGACAAAGCAUCAGGGCGUCAUUAUGGAGCAGUAACUUGUGAAGGCUGCAAAGGAUUUUUUAAAAGAAGUAUCCGAAAAAACUUAGUUUAUUCAUGUCGAGGAUCAAAGGACUGUAUAAUCAAUAAACACCAUCGAAACCGCUGUCAAUACUGCAGGUUACAGAGAUGUAUUGCGUUUGGAAUGAAACAAGACUCUGUUCAGUGUGAAAGAAAACCCAUUGAAGUAUCACGAGAAAAAUCUUCCAACUGUGCAGCUUCAACAGAAAAAAUCUACAUUCGAAAAGACCUUCGAAGCCCAUUGGCUGCAACUCCCACUUUCGUGACGGAGAGUGAAACCGCAAGGUCAACGGGACUGUUAGAGUCAGGAAUGUUUGUGAAUAUCCAUCAGCCUGGAGUAAAAACUGAGUCAGCUGUGCUGAUGACGCCAGAUAAGGCUGAAUCGUGUCAGGGAGAUUUAAGUACAUUGGCUAGUGUGGUUACAUCAUUAGCAAAUCUUGGAAAAACUAAAGGACUUUCUCAAAAUAGUAGUAAAAUGUCUGUGAUUGAAGGUUUAAGCAAUGGUGAUACCUCUUUGUGUGAAUUUAACCAAGAAAUGCAUACCAAUGGUGAUGUUUCAAGGGCAUUUGACACUCUUGCAAAAGCAUUGAAUCCUGGAGAGAGCGCAGCCUGUCAGAGCUCAGUAGAGGGCAUGGAAGGAAGCGUACACCUAAUUGCUGGAGACUCGAGCAUAAGUUACAUCGAAAAAGAGGGGCCACUUCUCAGCGAUUCACAUGUAGCUUUCAGGCUCACCAUGCCUUCUCCCAUGCCGGAGUACCUGAACGUGCACUACAUCGGGGAGUCUGCCUCCAGACUGCUGUUCUUGUCCAUGCACUGGGCACUUUCCAUUCCUUCCUUCCAGGCUUUAGGGCAAGAAAACAGCAUAUCAUUGGUGAAAGCUUAUUGGAAUGAACUUUUUACUCUUGGUCUUGCCCAGUGCUGGCAAGUAAUGAAUGUGGCAACUAUAUUGGCAACAUUCGUCAACUGCCUUCACAGUAGCCUUCAACAAGACAAAAUGUCAACAGAAAGAAGAAAAUUAUUGAUGGAGCACAUCUUCAAACUCCAGGAGUUUUGUAAUAGCAUGGUUAAACUCUGCAUUGAUGGCUAUGAAUAUGCUUACCUGAAGGCAAUAGUACUCUUCAGUCCAGAUCAUCCAGGCCUGGAAAACAUGGAACAGAUUGAGAAAUUUCAGGAAAAGGCUUAUGUGGAAUUUCAGGAUUAUAUAACCAAAACAUAUCCAGAUGACACCUACAGGUUGUCCAGACUACUUCUCCGAUUGCCAGCUUUGAGACUGAUGAAUGCUACCAUCACUGAAGAAUUGUUUUUCAAAGGUCUCAUCGGCAAUGUACGAAUUGACAGUGUUAUCCCACAUAUUUUAAAAAUGGAACCUGCAGAUUAUAACUCACAAAUAAUUGGUCACAGCAUUUGAAAGCUGAGAGCUCAGUAUAAACUUACUGUUUUUUCUCGCACAGAACACAGGAAGACACCAAAUGGAACUCAUUGGUUUCAGGGCAUCUGAAAAUUUUGACUUUAAAGAAUAACAGAAAACCAAAGUAUUUUAAUUUUGACUUUCUUAAGAAGAAUUUUUGAAGUGACUGGAAGGUAGCAGGAAUUAGAAUUUCCCUACCUGUCUUAUUUAAGUGAAUAAGAAAUACUAUGGAUUUACUCCUGGUGAAGAUGAUAACUAGAGCUGUCACCUUUUAACUGUCUAAGAUCUCUCAUUUUAUCAUCUUUGGUAAAGCAAAUAAAUCAGUCUUUUUUUUUUUUCCAGAAUUGUGUUCUAUUCAUGUUUAAUUUCAUUACAAACUAGUAGAAACACUUAAUAUCUGAGGAUGUCCUUUUAUUUUACUCUUCUAUAAUAUAAUCAGUUUUCAUUACUAUGUCAAAAGAUUGUUUUAUGCACAGUGGUGUAAUGAUAACACUAGAGCCAGAGAAAAUAAUAAUUGAAUAUAUUUUUUGUCUUUUGUAAAUAUCACGGCACCCCUAGCCUGUGUCAGUCUCAUUGCUGGCAAUGAGACACAGGUCAUUCGUGAUCUUAAGUUUUUUAGUGGUGUGUAAUGAUUAGAUACAGGCACUUUUUAUUUACAUAUGUAGAAGAAAAUGGUUUUUGAGAAUAAGGUAGGGUUUUAAUACUUUUGCCUCACUGCUGUGUUUUAAAGGUGGUAGAGACGGAUGGCAGACUGGGUGUGGAAGUGUUGCUCUCCCAUCCGCAGAGCACACCUGUCCUCUCCCUGUUUUCUGAUCCACAUGACUGCAGUCUCCUGACCCUUCCACGGGGGUUAGCCAAUUUCUUUUAGGUCAUUAGCAAUACAGUUUGUUAAAUGAUGGGCUUAUUAUAGCCAGUCUGUGUUUUCAAGGUGAGUAAAACAAUGAUUUUACAGCAGUUGAUAAUUCUUAAAAUUAAAAAAAAUCCAAUAUGUAAAGGGAUAUGCACUGGGUUUUUUCCUGCCGUGAAGAGGGAAGAGCCAUUUGAGUAUCAGCCUAGGGCCUUGUUGUUACUACAAGAAAAGCAUUUGAAACUCCUCGGAUAUCUUCCACAGUAAUGUUUUCCUUAGCAAACCCGAUACUGUUAAAUAUUUCUUUGCUCUGAUUUCAUGAUGAAUUAUUUUUGUAUGUCUAUUUGUUGUUUUUUAUUUUUUAACAAAUAUGGGGUUUUCAUUGCACUCAGAGUGCACUUUUUAUAAAGUUUUUUUGCAAUAGAAAAGAAGCUGAAUUUUGUGGAAGGCUAUAGAUUUUACUAAUUACUACUUUAUAAUAAAUCUAAAGUUUAAAGUAUCAACUUACAGUCUACCAACUUAUUAAGGGAAUCUUUUUUCCCUGCUUAAACCAUGAUUUUAUCAAGUUUAUUUACAAUAUCAACUGGGGAAAACUACAUUUACUAUGAAAUACACAAGUGGAAAGUCGGUAGGUUUACCUUUAGAAAUGCUAAGUAGUGAGCCAAGGGUUUAGAUAUAAUGUACUAACAGUCAGUUAACACACAUGUUUCUUGCAGGUACUUUUUCUGAUUAAAUGUGUAAUCAG